GAAUGAGCUGAGCUGUCAGUGCACAAAGCAGCUGAAUCCUGUGUGAGUGAGAGGAAAGGACACAGACUUUUCUCACGAGGACUAGCACUGAACCGUUGCCUCUCCCUCAACACUCUGCACUUAGAGGUCCUGCCUAACACAUCUUAAUCAUAACUGUUCUACAAAGGUAGAAGCUAAGAGGAAUAACUGAGAUUUCACUGUGGCUCCUGAGUGCUGAAGUAAUUCUGCAUAGGAAGCAAGACUGGAGAAGAAGUUGACACAAUCAUUGCUUCAAUAUCUCUUGGCUCUCAGAUUGUGACCUGCUCUUACCCACUAGGUUUCAGAAGCUUAUGCACAGUAAUAAAACCGUGCCUGCCAAUGACUGUUAAGAUGGGCCGUUUUGAACGUGUCAAGUACCUGAUGGUCGCUUUUAAUAUUCUGAUUUGUCUCAGUGGAUGCCUCCUGCUAGGAAUUGCAUUCUUGCUAUCGUUUCACCCAACUGAAAUCAGACAUGUUGUGUCACUGAGUACUGUGAUCUUCGCUGGAACAAUUUAUGCUAUUGUUUUGUCUGCUGUGCUGCUUAUACUUGGCACACUGGGAAGCAUUGCAGCCUUCCGGGAGAGUAGGAGUUUGUUGAUGCUUUUCUUCAUGCUAAUUCUGGUGGUCUUCAUGGUGGAGCUUGCUGCAGGAAUUGGUGCUUUUCUCUUCAGAUUUCAAUUGACAAAGGACUAUUUUGAUGAUGAUCUGAUAAAUUACUAUAAUGGAGACAAUGUGACAAGCUCUUACUCAGCCAGCUCCAAUUCUAUUAUGAUCUCAUUUGAAUGCUGUGGAGUGGGUGGUCCAAAGGAUUUCUUGCGCACCUUGGAGUUCAUUAUAUUAAACCCUCUUUAUGAGGUGCCAGAGGCUUGCUGCAAGAGGAACAAAGCAACACCAGAUGGAGCUAUAGCGAAUUUAAAGGAAUGCGUCUCUGGAAAUGUUGACUUCAUCCACAAUAAGGGCUGCUUCGACCUAAUUGCAAGUCAAGUGGAGAUUUAUCUUUACGUGGUUGGAGCACUAAAUAUUUGGAUCUUAAUAAUUGAGUUAUGUGUGAUGAUCACUGCGAUCUGGCUGUACCAACGAGCUUAGAAGAGAUCCCCUUGGCCCAGCUUGGCCAAGAAAGACACUGGACUGUGAUACGGUGUUUAAUAUUUACAGGGACAGUCACCUGGCUGCAACUGUAGGAACUGGAUCUGUGGGUGGAGACCUUCAAUGGAAUGGACACUUCUAGCAUCUAAACUGUGAGAUUAUUAGCUGAAAGCAGAACCUGAGAGAGACGGCUAGACUGGGGAAUAUCACCAGAGGCUAGAGACCCAGGUGGGAGAGGGAAGUGGAGCUAAGGGACAGAACAAGGCAAAUUUGUAGCUGAACUAAUGCACUCAGAAUAGUGAAUCUUCUAAAGUACAAAAACAAGGGAUCUUACCUCCGGAAUUAAUUCCUGACAUGGUCUGACUUUCUUUAAUGAAUACAGCACAUUUGU